AUGAAAAAAGCUAUACAAGGUGUAAAAUCUGGAAAAUUAAGUUGCAAAGCAGCUGCUCGUUCUUAUGACAUUCCCAGGUCCACUUUGCAAAGGUAUAUUAAAAAGAGCGUUGCAAAUCCAGAUAUUGCGGCCAAAAUAGUGAAACCAGGUAGCUUCAAACCUGUUUUUUCUCAAGAACAAGAAAGUGAACUUGCUGAAUAUCUAAAAGGCAUGGAAGGUCGCCUUUUUGGUCUAUCAAGUAAAGAAUUCCGAAGUUUAGCAUAUGAACUCGCGGAAAAAAAUGGCUUGCGUCACAAUUUCGAUCACGAAACACGCAUGGCUGGGGAGGACUGGUUAAAAUAUUUCUUAAAGAGAAACCCUACAGUGUCACUAAGAAAACCAGAAGCGACAUCAGCUGCUCGAGCCCAAGGUUUUAACCGCGUUUCUGUAAACAAUUUUUUCGACUUGCUAGAGCAGUGUAUAGAUAAAUACAAAAUAAAAGAAAAUAAAAUAUUUAAUGUAGACGAGACGGGCAUAACAACCGUGGCUAAGUCUUUAGGAAAAAUUUUGGCCAGCAAAGGGAGAAAACAAGUGGGAUCUCUGUCUUCUGCAGAGAGGGGGCAACUACUUACUGUGGAAGUGUGCAUGGGGGCUGAUGGCUCUUUUAUGCCCCCCAUGUUUAUAUUCCCCAGGGAGAGGAUGAAAAUAGAGCUCAUGAAUGGCACACCACCAAAUUCAUGGGGUGAAUGCAACAAAAAGGGAUGGAUGACCAAAGAACUCUUCUUGACUUGGUUUAAAAAGUUUGUCCAAUGGUCACGUGCAAAAAAGGAUGAUCCAGUACUACUACUAUUGGAUGGCCACGUCACGCAUGUUAAAAGCAUAGAACUUAUAGAUUAUGCAAGGGAUAACGGUGUAGUGUUAUUGUGCUUCCCCCCCCAUUGCACACAUCGUUUGCAACCACUGGAUGUGUCAUUCAUGAAGCCAUUAAGCACUUAUUAUAGCGAGGAGGUAAAAAAAUGGUUAAGAACUCAUCCUGGUAGGACAGUUACCCACUAUCAGGUCGGCGAGCUCUUCGGCAAUGCUUAUUUGCGAGCAGCUACAAUGUCGGUUGCAAUAAAUGGAUUCCGCAAAACAGGGAUAUGGCCAGUGGACCGGAAUAUAUUUGUAGAUGUCGACUUUCUGCCAGCUGAUGUUACGGACGUGCCUAUUGAACAAGACCAAAGUUUAACUACCGACACGCCUGAAGAUGAAAAUGAAAGCUAUUCUGCAAAACUACCUUCAAAUGCACAUGUCAAUCUGGAUACAUUAACUACGCGAGAAAAACCGUCUCCGCCGAGUACACCACCUCAAAUGACACCAUCAGCGUCUAAUCCAGUGACUGCACUCCCAGGCUCUUCCACGUCGCUUGGAUCAUGUUCGCCAAUUCCAUGUCCAUCUACGUCUUUCAACAAGUUCUCUCCAACGCAAGCAUUUCCAUUUCCAAAAGCGCCUGCUAAAAAGCGAGUUUCGAAACGUCGAGGAAAGACAGCAAUAAUAACCAGUUCUCUGUAUAAGGACGAGUUGAAAGCAGUAUCAAACGAUACUGUUAAAAAGAAUGUUGUAAAGCGGAAGGUCCAUAUAGAUGACACCACCGUUCAGAAAAAUCUUAGCACUAAUAAUAAUAAUAAUAAGGCCAAAAAGUUAAAGAGAGGAUACAUGCAAAACACAGAUUCCGAAAGCGAAGAUGAUGAAGAGUGCUUGUAUUGUGGAUAUUUAUAUUCGCAAUCUACAGAAGGAUGGAUCUCGUGCAUCAAGUGUGGCAAAUGGGCACAUUGCCCCUGUGCCGGAGAAGACGACAACGAUUCGGAAUCUACUCAUAUUUGUGCGUUCUGUAUUUAAUUUUAGCAAUUAAAAUGUAAUAUGUCCAUUAUGCCCCACCGGAGCCCGUUUUGCCCCAGUACCGGGGCAUAAAGAGCACAUGAACUAUUUUUGU